AUGAUAUCGAGGAAGAGUAAAGCAUAGAAGCGUGGGGGUUGGGGUUGAACUGGUGUAAACGAAAAGCCGCAAGUCACUCUAUAAAUUUAUAAAUAGUACCAUUUUUGGACGCAAGGAAAGGAGCAAUGGAACCUCGUGGUCGUGGUCGUGGUCGCGACCAUCACUCUCCAUCCACUGCACCGGUUGUUGUUAGAUAUGAGGAAUCUGAGCGCGGUAGUGGCAGUAAGGAGAAGAAUUCAUCAGCUGAUUCUGAUUCUGUUGAAAUGAGAGUGGGGAAGUUAAGUAUUGGCGAUGAUAAGCCAGCAGCAGCAGGGUUCGAUAUAUGUCCCCCUAAACAAGCUGGAAGCGUUGUUCUGAAACCUCCUUUGCUUUUAAAGAACAGAGAAAAGAGACAGUCUAGUAAUAGCCGUAGCAAUGUGGUCGUAUCAUUAAGGCCUGGGAUGGUGUUUCUGAAGGGUUACCUGUCACUAAGCGAUCAGGAGAUGAUAGUGAAAAGAUGCAGGGAGUUGGGGGUGGGAAGUGGAGGAUUCUACCAGCAUGGUUACGGGGAAGACACCAAAAUGCAUUUGAAAAUGAUGUGCCUCGAAAAGAACUGGGAUCCUCAGUUCGGUCAAUACGGAGACCGACGCCCAUUUGACGGAGCAAAGCCACCGCAAAUUCCUCCCGAGUUCCACAGCCAUGUCCACAGUGCACUCAAGGAUUCCAAUGCCCUCCUUCCCUCUAUCUCCCCCGACAUCUGCAUUGUCAACUUUUACUCCGAAACUGGCCGUCUGGGUCUUCAUCAGGACAAGGAUGAAAGUCCAGAUAGUCUUCGCCUAGGCUUGCCCGUCAUAUCCUUCUCCAUUGGAGACUCUGCUGACUUCCUCUACGCUGACCACAGGGAUCUCGACCAGCCUAAAAAAUUGCAACUCCAAUCUGGUGAUGUUUUGAUCUUUGGUGGCCCCUCUAGAAAUCUAUUCCAUGGCGUCGCCUCUAUUCAUCCAAACACUGCCCCCAACCUCUUGCUCCAACAUACUAAUCUAUGCCCUGGUCGCUUGAAUCUUACCUUUAGGCGGUACUAAAUUAUAUAUGCCUUUCUAUGCAUUGCUACCUAUUUUGUAAAGUCUCUUAUGUGAUACAGACUAAAUCAACAAUGCUCCUAAUGCUCUACUAAUUUUGAUGAUACCUAUAGUUUCUUAUUGCUUUUUAAAUUCUAUAGUUUUUAGUUGCAUUGCUUCUC